GGCUGGAGGUGGAGCAUGUUAUUCUUCAGUAGGAUGUGCAAGGAUUUUAGUCUGACUGACUCUCUUAGUGGAGGUGAGAGGUAUAUGCUUGGCUCUUGUCCAGUGGGGAGUUUUCUCAGAAUGGAAGCGGGUUGCUUUCAGAUCUUCCAGAAGUUAUGGAGACUCAAGUACAUCUGUGUGAUAAUCUUCAGUUUAUGUGUUGUAUUCUAUGUCUCCAUGAUGAAAGGGCGGCUAACCGAAAUCAAACUGGGGUGGGAUGAAACUCCAUUGUCCUUGAAGCUUUUGCCAGAAGAAAAAUACAAGUCCAUGUUCUUGUUUGAUGGAUUUUGGCUAGGACCAAAAAACCGCUGCGAGUGUGUUGGAGCCAAAAAACUGACAGUCUAUCAGUUGGGGAACUAUAUUGAUAAGGAUAAGCUUGCUGCUGUCACAGAAAGGCGCGAAAAGGAAUUCGUGGAUUAUCAGCGACGGUAUCCCUUCCAGACGAAAGAUGUCCUUAUUGCUCAGCCAAGCACUCCUUUAAGCUAUCCGAUUCAAGGAGCUGAAGUGAUGCCUUUGCACACUAUGGUAAUUCCAGGGCUUGGUUUCCAUGGAGCAAGUACAGAAAACCUCCAGGUGAUCCUACAAGCUUCAUUUGGUGCUCUCAACACCCUGGCUGAUGUAUCCGAAGACGUGGUAGGUGGGCGGGGGCAAAAGAAGCUGACCAUCUCCACCCCCCAUGUGAAGCUACUGAAUUACAUCCUGGAACACAUCACGUACACAAGCACAGAGUAUCUACUCGAUGCAGUGGAUCUGGUGACAUUUACCGCGGGGACUCAUCAGGUGAGGUUUCCUGUGACCAUCCAUCAGCCGCGCCUUCCUAAGCUGUUUGACCCAGGAUCAGAUUACAACAUCAGUAAUAUGGUGACCAUCACAACCAAGACUUUCUUGCGCUACCACAAGCUGAGGGUCCUCCUCGAGAGCAUACGGCAGUAUUAUCCGAAUAUGAAGGUCAUUGUGGCGGACGACAGCGAACACCCCGAGAUGAUUCAACAAGCCAACGUUGAGCAGUACAUUAUGCCCUUUGGAAAGGGCUGGUUUGCAGGAAGGAACCUGGCCAUAUCUCAGGUCACAACCAAAUACUACCUCUGGGUGGAUGAUGAUUUCGUGUUCACUGCAAACACCAAGAUCGAGAAACUAGUGGAUGUGUUGGAGAACAGCAACUUGGAUGUGGUCGGAGGCAGCGUUGGUGGCAAUGACUACAAGUUUAAGGUCAUCUAUGAGGAAGGAGAGGACAGCAGCUGUCUGCACAUCCGAUAUGGCUCUUACCACCGCUUGAAAGGCUUUCCCAGUUGUGUGGUCGCCAGUGGCGUAGUCAACUUCUUCCUCGCUCGUACUGAAGAGAGCAGGCGUGUUGGGUUUGACCCUAAGCUGCAAAGGGUGGCUCACUCAGAAUAUUUUAUGGAUGGACUGGGGAUUUUGCGGGUCGGCUCCUGCAAUCAUGUUGUCAUUGGUCACCAGCCGCACGGCAGUGCGAAAAGCGCACGAGAGGCUGACGUCGAGAAGACUUACGGCAGAUUCCGGGCCAAUACUGAGGAGCAGGUCCGGUUCAAACUGGCUUUACAUUACUUUAAGAACAGGAUGAAAUGCUACACAAAGGCUUGACCAAAGGCCGUCUUUCAACUCUACUGCUCCCGAAUCCCCUAGAUGGCACCCUUCAAGUGGCAAAUGGGCUCAUCUGAAGGGACUCUCGAUUAUCUUGAGCAAGCAACUGACUGGAGCCAGAAAACCUAGAGUGAAAACCAAAGUUCUUGCUCAAAAUCAUCUUUUGUGGGACUUCCCUGUUGCGGGGAUUUCUCGCAACAGGACCCUACUGUGAAAUGCGUAUUUGAAGUGCCAUGGAUCUCCACAAACACUCCCUUCUUCCAUUGAAACACCUGUGUGGUGAGACGGCAGCCAUUUUUGUUAUCUACUCUGUGUAAAAGGCAGUAUAUGGAAGUUGUAUGCUGUGCUAAAGUGGAAUUUAAUUCCUCUACGGACUUUAACCCUGGCUGUUUUUAAAGCCAGCUCAAACCAUGAAGCAAACCUUUCCUUUCCACUCUGGUUUUAUUUCAGGUUGCUUUUUAAUGUUUUUUUUUAAUGCAACAGAAGGAGGCUGUGUUGAAGGGAGUGAAUGUAAGCCCCUGGUCCUCUUAAGAGCAUAAUUAUCAGCUAACUGGGUUGAAAGAGAUUAAAAAGGGAGUCAGCUGUGGGCCGACUCCAGUGGGGACAACCCCAAAGGGGAGACUCCAAAGGGAACCACUCCUUUGGGGAGACAUGGGGCAGGAACAAGAACCCAUGUUACAUUUUUGUGGUAGACAGGCUUAAUGAUAGAAGGUGGAGUGGACUUGCGAGUAUGAGUUUGAAGAAGAAGAGGAGUUUGGAUUUGAUAUCCUGCUUUAUCACUACCCGAAGGAGUCUCAAAGCGGCUAACAUUCUCCUUUCCCUUCCUCCUCCACAACAAACACUCUGUGAGGUGAGUGGGGCUGAGAGACUUCAAAGAAGUGUGACUAGCCCAAGGUCACCCAGCAGCUGCAUGUGGAGGAGCGGAGACGCGAACCCGGUUCCCCAGAUUACGAGUCUACCGCUCUUAACCACUACACCACACUGGCUCUCAGUGCGAGUUUGGGGCUGCAUCUGGGUUCUGAGUGACAGUCAAGCCCCUGGUGCAAGUGGGAAGGUAAGGAGCUGGUUUGGAGUGAACAUUGAGGUGGUUAGACCCUUUUGCACUUUUCACAGGGCAGUUGUUCACUUGCACUCGGAGCACAGUAUCCUCCCGCAGAGUAGGAUACUGUUAUUUUGUUCCUCCCGUUAACUCCUAACUGGGGAGGGUGGGAAGCCUUAAGUUCUCCUUUGGUGGAGUUGAGCAGUUGCGUUGGAAUGGAGAAAACCAAACACAGCGAACAAAAGACAAAAGUCUGAGUCACAGGGAACAGGUAGGGAAGAUCCAGUGGUCUUGGGGAAGAGAGCUAUGGAAAGGGCAGUAGGCGACAUCGUCAUAGGAGAGUGGGAAGCCAGACUCUUGAUGUUGGUUGUCCCUGUUCAGCUGCACCCCCAGUAGACUUCAGUACCUAUGCUGACCUGGUGAUACUAUUGGCUAACACCAGGUGAGUCCAUGGGCGUACCCAGCAUGGGGCGGGGGGGCAGCUGCCCCCCCUAGAAGCAGGGCAGCUGGAGAGGACAGGCAGGGACGCUGCCUGCUGUGCUCCGCCUCAGCCUGCUUGGCUGAAGCGAAACGGCAGCAGCGGCAGCAAAGCUGCCUCUGUUGAAAAAAAC